GGUAGAGAACCAACGAUCGCCUGCGCUCUUCUUUCUCACGCCCUCUCUCUCCAUCUCGUACGCAAAGCUAUGGCCUGAUCUGGCGUCUCUGCCGAGCUCAAUUCCAGUGCAAUCGACUAGCCGUGCCUUACUUACCGCUCCUCUCCCUCCCGCCGCGCCUCGACACCUUCAACCUCUCCUCCACUCCCAGGCCAACCUUCAACCCUCGUGUGUCCCGCCAACAACUUGACCAUCGCUGCGCUGUCGUCUCAGGUCAUCCUGCUCCCACCCUCCCGGUCCUCGCUCUCGUGAACGGAUAAACUCUACAAUGGCUAGUGAAUCUGUCGCCAACGGUGAUGGCCUGACCCCGGCCCAGAGGCUCGAACAGCGUCUGGCUGCCGAUGAGCCGCACCGUCCUACCGUCGAGGAUGCCGUCGACGAGGAGGAUCUUGCUCAUCCUCCUCCCUCCUCGCACCCUUCGGCCACUCCUGACACCUCUGCCUCUCCUGCGCCUACCAUGUCGGAAAAGGCCGCUGGAAAGCAAAAGGCCCAGGAGCCUGCGCCCAAGAAGCCGCAGGGUAUCGACAUGUCUGAGGAGUCGUUCCCCGGCCUUGGUGCUCCCAAGACGGUCACUCCCGUUGCGUCCGCCUGGGGCCGCAAGCCUGCUUCGGUCAAUGCCAAUGGCUUCGCUUCCAGCAAUGUCUCAUCGCGCGCUUCCACCCCCGCCUCCGGUAACAUGACUCCCGCUGCCGCCGCGCCUUCUGUGCGCGGUCCUGGCCCGCAGACGCUCAACCUGCCUGGUCGCUUCACCGAGUCAAUCACUCUUGCGCCCUCUCAGAUGAUCCCCCGUCAGCAGCUGAGGCGCCCGAUGAUGGAUAUCAUUAGGGACAUCAACCGGAGGUCCAAGGCCAAGGUCGAGAGCAAGCCUGGUGCUAUGGGCAACUUUAUCUUCCAGGGUACUGGCCCCGUCGAUGCCGUCCGUUCUGCUCUCAGGGAAGUUGCAAAGGAACUCGGAUCCAAGCAAACCACCAAGGUCACCAUCCCCGCCUCUCUUCGCGCGCACGUCAUCGGACGCCAGGGUGCGACGAUCCAGAGCAUCAGCAAGAAGACCGGCGCCCGUAUCCAAGUCCCCAAGGCUGAGGAUAUUGCCGAGAUUGAGGACGAUGACAGCGCCACUGUCGACGUGGUCAUUGAGGGUGACACCGUUGCUGCCGCCUUGGCUAGCCAGGAAAUUGAGCGCAUUGUCAACGAGCGCACCUCCACCGUCAACCUUCGCCUGAAAGACAUUCCUGCCGAGUACUACCCCUUCUUGGCCGGUCCUCACAACUCGCAUAUCGAUACAUUGGAGGGUGGCCGCGAUGUCCGUGUCCAGAUCCCGCACUACCACACCUGGGCCGAGCGUGCUCCUCCCCAACCUGUUGCGAGAGGCGAGCCGGUGCCCUUUGUUCCCCAGGCCUCCGUCCCCAUCCAGAUUGCUGGUGAUCGCCAGGCCGCUCAGGAUGCGCGUGCCGAGCUCGAGCGCCAGGUCGAGGAGCUUCGCCGCCAGCUCACGAUCAACCAGAUGCCUAUUGAGCGUGGCAGGCACCAAUUCAUCAUUGGCGAGCGCGGCGGCUCCCUGCACGAUUUCUUGGCUGAGACUGGUUGCGCUGUGAUCAUGCCCCCGAGCUCCGAUGAUAGCGAGAUCCUCACUAUCGUCGGACCCGCUGAGAAGAUUGAUGUCGGUAUGAACAAGGUCAUGGACUUGGCUUCGGCAAUGCAGGCUACCAAUGUCGACAUUGCUCGCCAGCACGCGAACUCCCAGGCGCACGCCCGCAACCUCACUAGAUACCUGAGGCAGCGUCAAGCCGUCGCUGAGUUGGAGCGCAUGCACGAUGCUAGCAUUGUCUUGCCCACUUCUGUGGACGGCCCUACCGCUUGGGAAAUCUACUCGCGUGAUGCCAAGAACGGCAUGCGCGCUCGCAUGGAUAUUAUGAACCUCAUCAGCGGCCACCCUCCUAGUAGGCUUGCUGAGGUGAACGUUGACCCCUUCUACCACCAGCACCUGCGUCAGCGUGCUGCUCAGCGCGUCAGGAAUGAUAUGGGCGUCGAGCUGGUUUUCCCUGACAACGACAUGGACUCGCAGCCGCUUGUUUUGGUCUACGAAGGCCCUUCCACGCCUUCUGACUACCAGCUGCCUCGCGGUGCUCCCUCUGCCGCUGAUGCUCAGGCUUUCCAGCGCGCCCUCCAGGUGGCGCAGCAGCACAUUCAGUCUCUUAUUGGCCAGGAGCAGAUUGUUGGCCGGGAUGUCGAGGCUCCCCAGAACAUGUACAGGUUCCAAGACAAGAUUCGCCGCUUUGUUGAUCGCGAGCAGCAGGGUACUCCUCAGGACCAGAUUCCCGUUCAGGUUCUCUUCGGCGAUGCCAGGCCCCAGGCUUCCCGCACUUCCAGGGAUAGCCUUCACAUGCGUGGACCCAACCAGGCCGUUGACGACCUCGCGGAGAAGAUCCUUGCCUUCAUUGAGCAGGAGAAGAAGGAUGAGCUCGAGCGCGGUUACACCACCAGCUUCGACUACCCCCAGAAGUUCGCCAACAUCCUUAUCGGCAAGCGGGGUGAGAACAUCCGCAAGCUUCGUGAGGAGUUUGACGUCGAAAUCCAGGUCCAAGACGGCAAGGUUGAACUCAAGGGUCCUCAGGCCAAGUGUGCUGCUGCCAAGUCGCACAUUAUUGCUCUGGGCAAGAAGCUUGAGGACGAGGCCACUCACGUUCUUAAGGUCAAGCCGCAGUACCACCGUGACCUGAUUGGCGCUCAAGGCAAGCAUGUCAACCGCCUCCAGGACAGGUACAACGUCCGCAUCAACUUCCCCAGGUCCGCCCCGGCCGCUGAGGAUGCCGAUGCUGGUACCGAAGCUUCGCACCACAACCGUCGCCAGGCAGUUGAUGAAGUCGUUGUCAGGGGUCCCAGGAGGGGCGCCGAUGCGGCUCGUGAUGAGCUCCUCGAGCUGCUUCAAUUCACCGUCGACAACUCGCACUCGGCCACCGUCUCCGUCUCUCAGAACCAGAUCCCUUCGCUUAUUGGAACUGGCGGUCGGGAAAUGGACGCUCUCCGUUCUACCACUGGUGCCCAGAUCGAUGUGCCCAACGCACGUGAGGUUGCGGACCCCUCUGGUCGUGCUGAGAUCAAGAUCAAGGGUACGAAGGAGCAGGUUGCCAAGGCCAAGAAGCUGCUUGAGGAGAGGGCUAAGAUUUUCGACGACACCGUUGUUCGCACCAUCGAGGUUGACAAGAAGCACCACAAGUCUUUAAUUGGCAGUGGUGGAUCCAACAUCCGCGACAUUGUCAUCAAGGCUGGUGGACCCGAUGAUCGUCGCGAGCUUGCCCGCAUGGUUCGCUUCCCUCGCGCCGAGUCGGACGAGAACACGAUCCGCGUAGAAGGCACUGCUGCCGUGGUCGACAAGAUCGUUGCUGCCAUUGAGGAGACCGCCCGCGUUCGUGAGAGCCAGGUCACCGAGAUCAUGGAGGUCGCCCCUGACAAGCACCGCCUGCUCAUCGGUCGCGGAGGUGAUACCCGCAAGUCUAUCGAAGCGCAGUUCGGCAUCUCGCUUGACAUUCCCAAGCAGACCGUUCAGGGUGCUGCUCGCAGUCAGGUCAAGAUCGUCGGCCAGCCCGAGUCUGUUGAGAAGGCCAAGGAGCACAUUGCAACCCUCAUCAAGGAGCAGGAAGGCGAGACGGUCGAGGUGCCUAGGCGUCUGCACCACGCCAUCGCUGGCGACAGCGGUGCUUUCUUCCGUAACCUGCGCAACAACCUCAAGGUCACCGUCGACCACGCCGGCCAGCAGGCUCCUCCCAAGCCCACGUCCGCCGGUGUCGACAACGUCCGUGCCCAGCUUGGCGGCAACCUGCCUUUGAUUACCGACGAGUCUCCUGACGAUGCCCCAACGCACGCUUGGCAAAUCUUCGAUGCCAUGUCCUCGGCCGACGAUAGCGAAGAGGGCACCAUUCCCUGGGUUCUGCGCAGCAGCAACCCCGAGAACAUUGCCAAGGCCAAGGCUCAGCUCGAGAAGGCGAUCGAGGAGAAGAGCAAGCCUAGCAGCACUGGCUACCUCCUGCUGAGCGACCCCAAGCUGUACAGGUUCGUCGUCGGCCCUGGCGGCAGCACGAUCAACAACAUCCGCAAGAAAACCAGCACCAAGGUGCAGGUGCCGCGCGGAGGUGAGCUCGAGGCGAUUGAGAUUACGGGACCCAAGGAGGGCGUCGCCGAAGCCAAGGACAUGAUCCUCGAGCUGGUGAAGGGAAAGAACUAAGGAAAAGAGAAAUAAGGGGGGGGGGGGGAAGUCGCCGUUAUGUUCUGUUGUUGUGUUGUUGUGGAAGGAUAGGAUAGGAUAGAGCAAGAUGGGCUUGUCUUUGUUGUGUGUUUUUGAUAUGGAUGGACCAUGGACCACGGACGAUGGACCAUGGACGAUGGAUGAUGGACGGGGACAAACGAGGCGUGUGGUUGAUUGAUUGAUUACCUAGCUGCUUUGAGCGAGAUUGUCACGAUAUGGAAAGCUACUACUACUUACUACGUUUUUGGCUCUUACACACUCUCGCGGACCCACACGCAUACACGCACACCUACGAGUACGUAGCUAGGUGGUCGUUUUGGUGUGCGUCGUUGGAGCUCACGAAUGAACGAACGCUUGCUUGCUUGCUCGCGUGUUUGGACGAGUUUGGACAGAAAAUGAU